UCGGUGCGAUCGUUUCGAGAUUCAGUGCUCUUAAAUGCGCAGUAGGGCCAUUGCGCAUAUCGUGUGUUUACUACCAGGCAGAUUGGCGCCUGCCCUAGCUCCGCCCAGUUAAGGAAGUAUAUCCGGAAUUCACACACAACAUUUCCAGGUUUACUCGUGCUAGCUUUACGAUAUUGUGAUGUAUUAAUUGGCAUUGGGCUCCAUCCAAGCAAUAAAUCGUUGGCACUUGACACUAUCAUUAUCUCAUCAUAUCUCGUGAAUGUCUGCACGCGGGAAUACCUUGGGACGUGAUCUUUUUUCUAUGUAACCAAAGGGUUAUUAUACAAGUACCUUUGACGGACGUACUUGUUAAUCGCCUAAGAAGAAGCUUAGCACAAGGCACAAAAACUAUUACUAUAGCCCAAACCAAUUCUGUUGAGGAGUUAAUACAUCAUGACGUGGAAGACAAUUUUCCUAUUAUCCAUCCUCAUGGUAUGUUCAUUUAAUAUCAUGGUGUCCCCGAGCCAGGAGUUCCGGCCACAUAAUGAACACGGAAUUACAACCGUAACAGGUCACGUCAACGGUACUAAGAGCGAUGUGUGUUCUGUGGAUUUCCUGAAGAAAACAGCCGAUUGCUCAAAUAGGCAGCUGAAAGACGUACCCAAUAACCUUAUCAAUGAUCUCCGUUCGCUUGAUUUGUCGUCAAACUUCAUCCGAAGCCUCCGGAAUACGUCAUUCCUCAUGUACUCUCUCUUGGAGAAGUUAGACCUGUCUAACAAUCUCAUCGGCUUCAUGGAUUUAGCGACUUUCUUUCCUGUAGACCAGUUGAUCAGCUUGUCCCUAGACCAUAACCCCAUUUUCACCCUUCCCGGAAGUGAUAUCUUUCAGGAGUCCAAACGGUUGUCGAGUCUGUCCCUUCAAUUCUGCAAUUUAUCAUACUUCCCGAAUGAUACCCUCGGAUUCUUACCUCAGCUACAAAGCCUUGAUUUAAUGGGGAAUGAACUAACGUAUAUCAACAUUUCGAAGUGCCCCAAAAGAACACUGACUAUGCUAGACUUCAGUUCUAACACAUUUCAAGAAAUAUCAGCUGAUGUUCUAAGUCUCCCCUGCAGGACAGACACUCUCUGUCUAGGUGGGAAUAGUUUCAGGAAAAUUGAUGCCGAUGUUGUUGCUGAUUUUCCCAUUCGUGCUUUGGUAUUUGAAUUUUUAAUACCGGGGCCAGGGCAAACAUUUGAAGUAUGGAAGAAUUUGUUUACGGGUAUCGCUCAUUCUGAGAUAGAUGAAAUUUUUCUGCUGAUGGCAUUCACCGAUGUCCCUCCUGACUUCUUUGACCCAUUGCGUGGUAAAAGGCUAUCCAAUUUAAAGCUGCAACAAAACGAGUUUAAGUGUUACCCGUCCAUCUUUGCUAAUCUAACCUCCGUUUAUAAGAUGGAACUGAUUAGCUUUCAUAUAGGAGUUCUGGAGUCUGCUUUCUUUGAUGGCAUGAAGGAACUUCGAAGCCUUACAGCUACUAACACAAAGAUAGAACAAGUCAAUCCCUCAGGGUCAUCUUGGAAGAUUGAUCUUUGGGAACUGGAUUUGUCAGAGAACAACCUUGGGAAUUUGAGUCCAUUUGCCUUCAAGGGUCUCACAAAUCUUACAUUCCUGGACCUGACUAACAACGCUCAGUUAAUGGAAACGCCAACUACAUCUCUAGCAGGACUUGACAACUUACGAACAUUCAAUGUAUCCCGUACCAGAAUAAGUGCACAAAUGACCUUACAUGCUCCACUUCUGGAAAAAUUCGUUUUCACCUUUAGACCAUUCGACUGGUGGCGAUCUCUAUCUGCUUUAAUUCCGGGAAAAACAUUUCAGUACACGCCACAUCUUGACUGCAUCGAAUUAGAUAACUCGUAUGUAAUAUUGAGAGAACUGUGGGAUUCAUCUGAAAAUAUAUCUUUGUUUCAAGGACUUCGCAAUUUAAGGUAUCUCGGACUGAAACAAAACAAAAUCGGCAGUUUACCGUUUGGGGUUUUUGACAGCCUUUUUAAGUUACAAGUUCUCGAUUUGAGUGACUGCGAAAUUUCCACGAUCGAAUCUGGCGCCUUUGCUUCGAUAACCUCACUGACCACUCUAUCUCUGCAAAAUAAUAACCUUCAAAUACUUCCCUUGCAUAUCUUCGACAACCUGAUUCAUUUGAGUACAUUUUUUAUUGGAAAUAACGCAUUGUUUUAUAUCGAUAAGGCUUUAUUUGCUAAAACGCAAAUGAUAACUUGGAUAGAUCUUGCAAGAAAUCAGCUGAGCGUUUUCAAUCAGACAACAUUUUCCCAAAUUUCAACCACGCUAUCUUCAAUCGAUCUGUCACAAAAUCCCAUCGAAUGCUCCUGCAAAUCACAAUGGUUAAUCAUGUUGCUGCGUGGAGCCAUUAAUGUUCAGAAUGGUAAAGAAACAACGUGCUCAUUUUCAUCACCGAAACCUUUCGGAGGAGAGGCACUGGAAUUCAUCCAACCAAACGAUCUCUGCACAGCAAAUGUCUAUGUAUACUUUUUAACAGUAUUUUUCGUUGUCAUUGUGGUUAUCGUCGUCGUCAUCGUGUACCACUACAGAUGGCAACUAAGUCACAAACUUUUCCUUCUCCGACUCGCCAUUUUGGGCUACAUAGAAAUCAUGGACGAAAACGAUCGCGAGGAUUACGAUUCUGAUGUCUGCAUCAUAUCGGCACGGGGUAAUGAUGAGAAUUGGAUUCAGGACAAACUGAAACCCUUUUUGCAGAGAUUCUUGCCGCACUACAAGCGAAUCAUAAACGUCUUCGAGGAUAAUGAUCUUCCCCUUGGCAUGCAUCGCACGGAUGCCAUAGAUCACGUCUUGACAAGAAGCUAUAAGAUUCUUGUAUUACUGAGUAAUGCUGCCUGCGUUGAUUACUGGUUUCUGAAAUAUUUCCGUAUGGCAAUAGAUCAAGUGGACGAGACCCAGACAGAGAACAUGGUAGUGGUGUUCCUGGAGAACAUUGAAGAAGAUAAGAUACCAUAUGAUGUGAGAAAGUACAUGGGAGGCCAAGGGCCAUUUGUAGAAUGGAUGGAAGAUGAUGAGGAGGGACAAACAUACUUUUGGAAACGUUUGGAGAAAUAUCUGUCUGUAAACCGUAAGCGUAACCAUCUUAUACCUGCAUAAUGAGAGUUGCCUAGUCUACCUUUAUCCUGCGCUAUUCUCUCUAUCUCUUUUUACCUCUUCCCCUGUUUUCGUUAUUUCUAGGCCCUCACCCCCUAAACCCUUUUUGGCGAGGGGGGGGGGGGGUGGGGGUGAAAGCGUGAUGAAAAUUCGAAUAGGGCUAUCGUCAUUCACUUUCAAGAAGACGACCUUUGCCUAAGGCGUCGCCCAUCUGCGACAGGAGAAAGGCAUUUUCAAGAAAAAAGCGUCUAAAUUUGAUUAUCCUAUCAACAAUCUAAGAUUACUAAACCAAUGGGUUCGAUUAGGAUUAAAUAAUCACUAAGGGUCCAGGAAAAUAUUUAAUUCAUUCAAAGGUGGCAUAUUUUACAAGUUACAAAUCACGGUAACAGAAUGAAAAAAAAAACGUAAUUCAGUUACCGUAUGAUAAUAAUCACGGUAACGGUUUAAAAAAAAAGAGGCAGGUUAGAAAAGAUGAAAUUCUUCAUGGACAAUAGUUCAAUUAAAGGCUAUAAUGGCCCAGUAGCGCAUGCAUCUUGGCCAACGCCCACAUAGCACGUCUAACAUAUAGUGAAGAUUAUCGAGACGGCACGUGGCUAUUUUGUAUAUUAAAGUUGACAGAAAAUAAAUUUCUAAAUAGUGUUUGCUAUUGCGAUAAACAAAAAUGGAAACAUGCAAUUGUAUAUUACCUAAUAACGAAACCUUCCUUAUAAUUUAAUGAAUAUCGUAAGCAACAUUGUAACCUGAAUUCGUUAAAAUGAGUAUGGGCAAAUCACCCUUCCAAGCUUUAAUGGUAGGGCCUAUACAAUUAAUUGGUUUAUUCAUUUGAAAUACAUGUACACUGUCUAUAUAACAACAAAUGGAUGCAUUGCAUUGCUGAAAGCUCUAAAAGUAUCACAUUGUAAGGACAAACCUCAAGACAACAAAGUGAGAGUUUGUAUGUAAACCAUUUGCAACCUUGUUUUCUCUAACUAGUUGCUUGUUAAGGAUUAUAUUGAAACUUUCGACAUAACUUAAUAUUACCUGUACAUGUUUCGGACUGGAAAAGACAAUGAAUGCGUAAAACUUUGAAUGCGUGAUAUUGUUAUCUGUAUUGUAAAAUGUUAUGCUCAUAAUAUAAUUAAAUGUAUAUAUUUUACUGAGAAUUUAACUUUACAAAGUGAAAAACUCUAUGCAUUUCGAAUUAUAUAGUUACAUCUAAUGAAUGAAUUAAAAUUUGUUUGUUUAACUGUAUAGAUAUAAUUUAUGUUUCUCUGCUUUCACGCUUUAACUGUAUUUUUAUCAAAUGAAAUUCUUUUGAACGAAAGAAUGACAAAUUUGAUAACAAUAAACACAAUAUGAUUUUAUCAUGUAUCCGACUCUUAUGGGCCUAUUCUGGUGUUCCACUUUAUUCUAUGUCUGCAGAUGAAAUGUUAUGAUAACAGGAGUUGACGUGUGAAUAAGCUACUUGGGCAGGUUUAAU